AUGAGUCGAGACUCGGAAGGAAAAAAGUCAAAAUCGAUUGAUAACUUCUGGAAGACGGCUACGUUAGCGCAAGAGAAGAAAGUGGCAAAUGAAAUCGAAAGUUCAGUUUUGUUGGAUGAACUCGCUACAUCCGCUGUACACUCAACCCUUCAACGUGAUAGGCAAGAAAGUUUGGUUCGAGAAAAGGUUACAAGACGAUUAGAGAGUAUAGAUGAUGAUCGCACGUACAAGCGUCACAGGUCACAGUCUCCGAGCAUUGAGAAUAAUCAAAAAGAAAAUAACACAGAAGCGAUUAAUAACGAACAAAAUUUAGGUGAAAAGCGAGUUGAGGAAGAACUCGUGAAACGGUAUGAUUUGAGAGAACGACAAGAAAUCAACUAUGCCGAAAUUUCAAGCUCAGACAUUGAUCCACAUCAUGCCAAUCAUAACGGAAUCAGAGAAACCGUCGAUGAAAGUUUAUUUGAGAAGAUCGAAAAGCUUCUUAGAAUGAGAAAUAAAUUGAUUUUAGACAAAUCGAUAAUCUCGAAAUUGGAGGCAAUUUUUCAAACGGACUAUUCGGAAAUUAGUUCGAAGAUAAUAACCGAAACUGAGGUUGAAAAAAAUAUGAAAGCGAGCGAGGAAUCAUGGUUUCUCUUUUUUAUCUGGCACACCCUCCUAGACUUCAUCGCGAUGAAUGCAUUUCCUGAAAUUAGAUACAAGUGGAUUGAGAAGGAUAUCAAAUCCAUAAGGAAUACGAGCAAUAUGUUCACAAUUAAUAUAAGGACUCGGAAAACUGAUUUGUUAGUUUUGAGACUAUCAGACACAACUGAAAUCCUACAUGUUGAAGUAUCUGGACCACCUUACAAACUGAAAAAGAAAUAUACAGUUAGAGACGCAAAAAAAUUACUCAUGAUGGCUGUUUGUAAUUUAUGCAGAAUAUUGGUAAACAAUUUUGAUUGUCCUAUUGAAAUUGCCAAGAAAGUCAGAUCAUAUUGUAUACAGGAAAUACAGGACAAUAUAAUAUUUUCUGUUGCAAUUUCUUUAGCAUUAUUGUUAAAUAUGCAAUCUGAAAUUGAUUUAUUGAAACAAGAGAAUGCUAGACUUAUGGCUAGAAUCAAUGAAUUGGAACAGAUCAUGAAAGAAAAGAAUGAGCUUGAGAUUAGAAUUGUAGAAUUAGAACAGACUACAAAGUUAAGCCAGAUAGAAAAUACUGAGCUUAAGAAUGAAAUUGCAAAACUAAAAUGA